ACACACACUCUCACACCCUCUCUUUCCUUCUACAGAAGCUGUACACGGUGUGUGACGUAGCCAUGAACAUCAUAAUCUCUAAGAGCACCACGUACAGUCUGGAGUCUCCCAAAGACCCUGUCCUGCCCACACGUUACUUCACCAAGCCUGACAAGGUAGGGCUGUGUUUGUGUGUGUUAGUUAGAGGUCUUCUCGGAUCCCGAUAUUGAGAUCCGAACUGGAUCCGCCAAAUUCACACUCGACCCCGACAGGAUCCGGUCAUUUCUUUAGAAAAUCUAUAUCCGGUUAGGACCAGAUCCAAUCCGAGAUACUGUGUGUCCGAGUUGAGCGAGAAUCGGAUCCAAAUUUGGGUCUGUCUGUAUCGGAUCCAAAAGAUUACAAAUGCGCAAGCCAUCAAAAUAGUUUUGACUCUUCUGGUGCAUUUUGGGUUGUAUCUGAAGUAAUUGAUUUGUGGUCUACAGCUUAGUAUUUUCAUAAUGACAUCCCUAUAGUUAGAUGGAGAACAUUGAGGACAUCCCUAUAGUUAGAUGGAGAACAUUGAGGACAUUCCUAUAGUUAGAUGGAGAACAUUGAGGACAUCCUAUAGUUAGAUGGAGAACAUUGAGGACAUCCCUAUAGUUAGAUGGAGAACAUUGAGGACAUCCCUAUAGUUAGAUGGAGAACAUUGAGGACAUCCCUAUAGUUAGAUGGAGAACAUUGAGGACAUCCCUAUAGUUAGAUGGAGAACAUUGAGGACAUCCCUAUAGUUAGAUGGAGAACAUUGAGGACAUCCCUAUAGUUAGAUGGAGAACAUUGAGGACAUCCCUAUAGUUAGAUGGAGAACAUUGAGGACAUCCCUAUAGUUAGAUGGAGAACAUUGAGGACAUCCCUAUAGUUAGAUGGAGAACCAUUGAGGACAUCCCCUAUAGUUAGAUGGAGAACAUUGAGGACAUCCCUAUAGUUAGAUGGAGAACAUUGAGGGACAUCCCUAUAGUUAGAUGGAGAACAUUGAGGACAUCCCUAUAGUUAGAUGGAGAACAUUGAGGACAUCCCUAUAUUGUUGGAGACUUGAGGACAUCCCUAUAUUAGAUGGAACAUUGAGGACAUCCCUAUAGUUAGAUGGAGAACAUUGAGGACAUCCCUAUAGUUAGAUGGAGAACAUUGAGGUUUUCAGAAAUGUUUUCCUUCUUUCUGAGUAGGUUGUUAUGUGAUAGUCAUUGCGUGCCAGACAGAGCUGCGAAUAGUUCACUUUUGUCUGUAACCAAAUAGGUUAUUAUACUGUGCAACAUCUAACAUCUAACUUAUUUAACUGUUUUGAUGAACAUUGAUUGAGACGAAAGGUAGGCUAUAGCAUGUUUGACCAGCAAGCUUCAAAUUCAUGUAGUCGUCCAUCUGCAUUCCUGUUUCAUUUCCAACAAUUGGGAUUUGAAGGUCUAGGUUAGUAUUCCCGCUAAGACAACACUAUAGUUGGAUAGAGAAUAUUUUAGUCAAACAUUUUAAAGACGAUCAGAAAGAAUGUGUCAGUAACUCUGCAUUAUAGUGGAACUUAUUUAUUUGGAACGAAAGCCACGAAACUAGCGCAUGAAUGAGUCAUGUUUAUGCUGACAAAUAUCACACUUGAUUCGAGUCAUUCAACAUUAGUUAACAAAUGUAUUAAAGGAUAUAGGCCAAAUAGCCUAAACGAAUAAAUGUAAUAAAUAAAUAAACGAGUUCAAUAAAUAAAAUAGCUCAGGUCUUGAAAAUAUGGUCCAAGAGAAGCACAGCCCUUUCCCCCUCGGCCCAAGAGAAGCACAGCCCUUUCCCCCUCGGUCCAAGAGAAGCACAGCCCUUUCCUCCUCGGUCCAAGAGAAGCACCAGCCCUUUCCCCCUCGGGUCCAAGAGAAGCACUUUCCCCCUCGGCCCAAGAGAAGCACAGCCCUUUCCCCCUCGGUCCAAGAGAAGCACAGCCCUUUCCCCCUCGGUCCAAGAGAAGCACAGCCCUUUCCCCCUCGGUCCAAGAGAAGCACAGCCCUUUCCCCCUCGGUCCAAGAGAAGCACAGCCCUUUCCCCCCUCGGCCCAAGAGAAGCACAGCCCUUUCCCCCUCGGUCCAAGAGAAGCACAGCCCUUUCCCCCUCGGUCCAAGAGAAGCACAGCCCUUUCCCCCCUCGGUCCAAGAGAAGCACUUUCCCCCUCGGCCCAAGAGAAGCACAGCCCUUUCCCCCUCGGCCCAAGAGAAGCACAGCCCUUUCCCCCUCGGUCCAAGAGAAGCACAGCCCUUUCCCCCUCGGUCCAAGAGAAGCACAGCCCUUUCCCCCUCGGUCCAAGAGAAGCAUAGCCCUUUCCCCCUCGGUCCAAGAGAAGCACAGCCCUUUCCCCCUCGGUCCAAGAGAAGCACAGCCCUUUCCCCCUCGGUCCAAGAGAAGCACAGCCCUUUCCCCCUCCGUAUCCAUAAUGUGUACUCUCUCUCGUUCAGUUUAUUCUUCACAUCAGCAAUGAACAACUUAAUGUUUCAGAAACUCACUUUAUAUACACUAGGCUAUCACUCUUUCCCGCUGCAUCCUCCUACUCUCCCACAACAAGUGCGCUGUUUUUUUUACCCAGUGUCACGUGCAGUGGCUGUUUUGUCACAAAAUGUUACUUUGACACAUUUGGUUUAAUGAAUGGGGACCCCCUGAUAAACUUUUAAGACAAUAAACGUUGAAUGUGUGAAAUUUGGGUUCAGGCCUAUGUUGUUUAAGAGUUAAAUUCUUCAAAUAUAAUUUAGGAUCCGGUCGGUAUUUCACAUAUUUUCACACAGAUCCGUGGCCACCGAGCAAGAUUCGACCCGGGAUCCGAGGGUUAACAAUAACAUUUCGGAUCCGACCCGGUCGGGUAAUCGGGUUCGGGAAGAUCUGUGAAGACCUCUACUGUGUGUGUCUGUGCGCUCUAAUUUGCAAAUAAAACUAUUCAGUGGAUGAACUUUCUGACUAAACUUCUCUUCUGUAGAAUUUCAGCAACACAAAGAACUAUCUCCCUCCAGAGAUGAAGUCCUUCUUCACACCUGGAAAGGUAGGAUGACUGCCCAUGGUAUUCAUUCAGACAUGCCUUAAAGGUAGGAUGACUGCCCAUGGUAUUCAUUCAGACAUGCCUUAAAGGUAGGAUGACUGCUCAUGGUAUUCAUUCAGACAUGCCUUAAAGGUAGGAUGACUGCCCAAGGUAUUCAUUCAGACACGCCUUAAAGGUAGGAUGACUGCCCAUGGUAUUCAUUCAGACAUGCCUUAAAGGUAGGAUGACUGCCCGUGGUAUUCAUUCAGACAUGCCUUAAAGGUAGGAUGACUGCCCGUGGUAUUCAUUCAGACACGCCUUAAAGCCAAAUGCCUUGCUUAGUCAUUUCUGUACCUUGAAAUGUGAAUGCAUAACCCAUGGUUUCUGUAUGGUUAAUUUGCUAAACUUCGGUUGUUAGAAUCAGCAAUUGGGAACCCUUGCCAAACAGUGGGAUAAAUCGUCUAACCCAGGGGUGUCAAACAUACGGCCUGUUGGUGGUUUGAGUAAAAAAAUAUCUAUAUACACUACAUGACCAAAAGUAUAUUGGCACCUGCUCGUCGAACAUCUCGUUACAAAGUCAAAGUCAUUAAUAUGAAGGUGGUCCCCCCUUUGCUGCUAUAACGGCCUCCACUCUUCUGGGAAGGCUUUCCACUAGAUGUUGGAACAUUGCUGCGGGGACUUGCAUCCAUUCAGCCACAAGAGUGUUAGUGAGGUUGGGCACUGAGGUUGGGCGAUCAGGCCUGGCUCGCAGUCGGCGUUCCAAUUCAUCCCAAAGGUGUUCAUUGGGGUUGAGGUCAGGGCUCUGUGAACGGCAGUCAAGUUCUUCCACACCGAUCUCGACAAAUCCAUUUCUGUAUGGACCUCGCUUUGUGCACGGGGGCAUUGUCAUGCUGAAACAGGAAAGGGCCUUCCCCAAACUGUUGCCACAAAGUUGGAAGCACAGAAUCAUCUAGAAUGUCAUUGAAUGCUGUAUCAUUAAGAUUUCCCUUCAUUGGAACUAAGGGGCCUAGCCCGAACCAUGAAAAACAGCUCAAGACCAUUAUUCCUCCUCCACCAAACUUUACAGUUGGUACUAUGCAUUCGGGCAUGUAGCAUCCGUCAUACUGCAAGAUGGUGAAGCGUGAUUCAUCACUCCAGAGAACGCGUUCCACUGCUCCAGCGUCCAAUGGCGGCGAGCUUUACACCACUCCAGCCGACAUUUGGCAUUGCGCAUGGUGAUCUUAGGCUUGUGUGCGGCUGCUCGGCCACGGAAACCCAUUUCAUGAAGCUCCCGACGGACAGUUCUUGUGCUGACGUUGCUUCCAGAGGCAGUUUGGAACUCAGUAGUGAGUGUUGCACUAUGCGGUCCCAUUCUUUGAGCUUGUGUGACCUAACACUUUGCGGCUGAGCCGUUGUUUCUCCUAGACGUUUCCACUUCACAAUAACAGCGCUUAUAGUUAACCGGGGCAGCUCUAGCAGGGCAGAAAUUUGACGAACUGACUUGUUGGAAAGGUGCCACGUUGAAAGUCAUUGAGCUCUUCAGUAAGGCCAUUCUACUGCCAAUGUUUGUCUAUGGAGAUUGCAUGGUUGUAUGCUGACACGUCCCCCCUCUCUCUCCCUCCCUACCCCUCCCCCCUGACACAUCCCCACUCUCUCUUUCCUUCCCUCCUCCCCCCAGCCUAAGGCAGCUAAUGUGUUGGGAGCGGUGAACAAGCCCCUGUCCUCAGCAGGCAAACCCAUCCAGAGUAAAGCCUCACGCAUGGAGACGGCUAGCAACGAUGAUAGCACCUCUAACCCCAGCUCUCCUCAACGCACCAAGACCAGGUACACACACACACACCUCUAACCCCAGCUCUCCUCAACGCACCAGAACCAGGUACCACACACAACCUCUACCCCCGCUCUCCUCAACGACCAAGACCAGGUACACACCACACACCCUAACCCCAGCUCUCUCAACGCACCAAGACCAGGUACACACACACACACCUCUAAACCCCACUCUCCUCAACGCCCAAGACCAGGUACACACACACCAAACCCCUACCCAGCUCUCCUCAACGCACCAAGACCAGUACACCACACACCCCUCUACCCCAGCUCUCCUCAACGCACCAAGACCGGUACACACACCCACACCCUCUUCCCCCUCUCCUCACCGCACCAGCCAGGUACACACACACACACACCUUAACCCCGCUCUCCCCAACGCACCAAGACCAGGUACACACACACACACCUCUAACCCCAGCUCUCCUCAACGCACCAAGACCAGGUACACACACACACACCUCUUACCCCAGCUCUCCUCAACGCACCAAGACCAGGUACACACACACCACCUCUUACCCCAGCUCUCCUCAACGCACCAAGACCAGGUUACACACACACACACCUCUACCCCAGCUCUCCUCAACGCACCAAGACCAGGUACACACACACACACCUCUAACCCCAGCUCUCCUCAACGCACCAAGACCAGGUACACACACACACACUCUACCCCAGCUCUCCUCAACGCACCAAGACCAGGUACACACACACCCUCUUACCCCAGCUCUCCUCAACGCACCAAGACCAGGUACACACCACACACCUCUAACCCUAGACCUGACCUGUCCUCCUGUCUCCUUGUACCAGACAUGACAGUGUCUCUGUCUCUGACCUGUCCUCCUGUCUCCCUGUACCAGACAUGACAGUGUCUCUGACCUGUCCUCCUGUCUCCCUUGUACCAGACAUGACAGUGUCUCUGUCUCUGACCUGUCCUCCUGUCUCCCUGUACCAGACAUGACAGUGUCUCUGUCUCUAACCUGUCCCCCUGUCUCCUUGUACCAGACAUGACAGUGCAGAGGACCACAGUGAGAAUGAAGACGUCAUCAUGAAGAAAGGCGACACCCCUGAUACAAAGGUAUUUUCCUAAUUAUCCUUAAGUGUCUAAAAUGUAUUUUGUAGCUCAAUUAAGUUACUUUAAGAUGAUUUGGACAUUAAACGCGAAAAUGCUAUUAUCGGGGAUAUUGACCUGCAUUGGUUUUUAUGUCACAAAUGCAAAAAAGUUAGCAUUGGGAAACAGUGGCCAGGUAAAACCAUAACAUGGGUUGCUGUCAUACCUUGUCCAUAGACUGCUUACAGGGUGAGGAAUCCAAUGUGUCGUUUGUAGUUUGGAUGAACUAUCCCAAGACUAAUUUACUGAGAAAGUGUAUUUUCACUUGGAAAUAUAUCUAUUUUUUUCUAGUGUUUUCCAAUCAAGUGAUCAGUUUGGUUACCUGGGACCUCAAAGUAACAAACUGUCAAUUCCAACUUAAUGGACUCUACCGCCUCCUUUAUUGACAACACCGUCUUCUUACAGGACAAACCCCAGGGACGCAAGCGAGGCGCCGCCUCCAGUAACCUUGACGACAACCCUUCUCCCAAACCCAAGCGUGGCCGCAAGAAGGCAGCAGCAGUCGACCCCGAGGACCAAUGGGGCGAGGACUCCCGACUCGGCGACGCCCAGACGGAAGACGAGCAGAACAGCCCGCCCAAAAAAGGGCGUAGGGGGCGGUCCACGAAGGCUGCGGCAGCCAAUCAGGAAACCCCAGCUAAAGGGAGAGGGCGGGGCCGGAAGAAGGCAACUCCUCCCCCUGAAGAGGAGGAGGAGGAGGGAGGAGAGGAGGUGGAAGAAGAGGAGGAGGAGGAAGAGGAGGAGAAUAUGGAGGUGAAGACUAAGGGAGGAAGACCAGCGCGGGCGGCAAAGAGAGCAACACAGAGGUCAGGGAGCGUUUGGUGUUUGUUUUCUCCUUGAUAUAUGAUGUAGUCACCUCAUGAAACCAUUCUGGAAGAUCUGUUACAUUUCUGUUGACAUAUAUUUACAUACAGCGCAUUCGGAAAGUAUUCAGACCCCUUGACUUUUUCUACAUUCUGUUACGUUACAGCCUUAUUCUAAAAUCGUUUUUUUCCUCAUCAGUCUACACACAAAACCCCAUAAUGACAAAGCAAAAAAUGGUUUUUAGACAUGUGUAUAAAAAAAAGAAAUAAUGGCAAAUAUGACAUUUACAUAAGUAUUCAGACCCUUUACUCAGUAAUUAGUUGAAGCACCUUUGACAGCGAUUACAGCCUCAAGUCUUCUUGGGUAUGACGCUACAAGCUUGGCACACCUGUAUUUGGGGAGCUUCUCCCAUUCUUCUCUGCAGAUCCUCUCAAGCUCUCAGGUUGGGGAGCGUCGCUGCACAGCUAUUUUCUGGUCUCUCCAGAGAUGUUAGAUGGGGUUCAAGUCCGGGCUCUGGUUGGGCCACUCAAGGACAUUCAGAGACUUGUCUCAAAGCCACUCCUGCGUUGUCUUGGAUGUGUGCUUAGGGUCGUUGUCCUGUUGGAAGGUGAACCUUCGCCCCAGUCUGAGGUCCUGAGCACUCUGGAGCAGGUUUUCAUCAAGGAUCUCUCUGUUCUUUGCUCCGUUCAUUUUUCCCUCGAUCCUGACUAGUCUCCCAGUCCCUGCCGCUGAAAAACAUCCCCACAGCAUGAUGCUGCCACCACCAUGCUUCACCGUAGGGAUGGUGCCAGGUUUCCUCCAGACGUGACGCUUGGCAUUCAGUCCAAAGAGUUCAAUCUUGGUUUCUUUAUGGUCUGAGAGUCUUUUACGUGCUUUUGGCAAACUCCAAGUGGGCUGUCAUAUGCCUUUUACUAAGGAGUGGCUUCCGUCUGGCCACUCUACCAUAAAGUCCUGAUUUGGUGGAGUGCUGCAGAGAUGGUUGUCCUUCUGGAAGGUUCUCCCAUCUCCACAGAGGAACUCUGGAGCUCUGUCAGUGACCAUCAGGUUCUUGGUCACCUCCCUGACCAAUGCCCUUCUCCCCCGAUUGGAGGCCACUGUGUUCUUGGGGACCAUCAAUGCUGCAGACUUUUUUUGGUACCCUUCCUCAUAUUGGUGCCUCGACACAAUCCUGUCUCGGAGCUCUACAGACAAUUCCUUCGACCUCAUGGCUUGGUUUUUGCUCUGACAUGCACUGUCAACUGUGGGACCUUAUAUAGACAGGUGUGUGCCUUUCCAAAUCAUGUCCAAUCAAUUGAAUUUACCACAGGUGGACUCCAAUCAAGUAGCAGAAACAUCUCAAGGAUGAUCAAUGGAAACAGGAUGGACAUGAGCUCAAUUUCGAGUCUUAUAGCAAAGGGUCUGAAUACUUAAGUAAAUAAGAUAUUUCUGUUUGCAAAUUGCUCUAAAAACCUGUUUUGACUUUGUCAUUAUAGGGUAUUGUGUAUAGAUUGAGGAAAACAAUUAAUUUAAUCCAUUUUAGAACAAGGCUGUAACGUAACAAAAUGUGGAAAAGGGGAAGGUGUCUGAAUACUUUCCAAAUGCACUGUAGACAUUUACGCUCUUUCUGAAUCAUCUGUUUAUUAUUUCAAUUUCAAAUAGACAGAGAUAUUAACAUUAACUGCAGUGUUGAUAGAAUCAUACAUGUAUCUAGAUAUGUGUUGUCAAUAAGGUCUAAACCCUGUUGUUUUCCAGUUCUGAGUCUGCUGAGUCCACCCCAGUGAAGAAGAGAGGACGACCGGCCAAGGCCGCAGCACAGCCUGCCAAGAAACAACCAGCGUAAGACUGUGUGUGUGGCAGGUGUGUGUGGCAGGUGUGUGUGUGUGUGUGUGUGUGUGUGUGUGUGUGUGUGUGUGUGUGUGUGGCAGGUGUGUGUGUGUGAGUUAGGGAUAUGCAUCUUUCCCCUUUCAAGACGAUUCGUUAUUUAUCGAGAUACAGGAACGAUGCGUUUUAGUUUGAAACGAUGCAAUUCGGUUUGAUUAGAGAAUGAAUCGCUGCGUUUCGGUUUUAUUAGAGAACGAUUCAGUGCGUUUCGGUUCGAUAAGAUUCGAUGCUCUAGCAUUUGUUGCAUAAACACAUUCAUUUUCCAUUCUGAAUUCAAAUCUGCUGCUGAUAUGGAGCUCAUGAGGUGGGCCUGUGUGGUGUGUGGUGUGUGUGUGUGUGUGUGUGUGUGUGUGUGUGUGUGUGUGUGUGUGUGUGUGUGUGUGUGUGUGUGUGUCACCCCACUAACAGAAUAGGGGGGACAAUGUAACCCAUGUUUUUUGUCCCCCCACUUUACUUCUGAAAUCCCCAUUGCCCACUAAUUAACAGAUUGUUUAAGCUAGUAAUGUAUCAAUAUUUAUCGUUUACAAAUUAACAAUGACAUAGCCAAUCAAUAUAAAGCAGACCUUUUGGAUCUCACCCCAUCUCAAAAUCAAAUGGUUUUGACCGCUUCGAAGUUUUUAGAGUGACCUUCUCUGCAGUGUGCCUCAGAAAGUGAUCGCUGUCCUCGCUAUGAAAUUAUCUAACUUUACCCUGUAUAUCUAAAAAAUGACCAUAUACACUGAUUGUUUAAAGGUGCAAUAUGUAACUUUUUGGGCGACCCGACCAAAUUCACAUAGAGAUGAGAGUAUAGAUCUGUCGUUCUCAUUGACCCCAAGUCUAAGAAGCAGUAGAUCUGUUCUAUGUGAUCUAUUUCUACGCUUCCCGUUCUUAAGUUUAGUUUUUGAGUCUUUUACUUUCGGUUUUGUACACCAGCUUCAAAACAGCUGAAAAUACAAUAUUUUUGCUAUACUUGCUUGUUUUGUCACAGAAACUGAAAUUAGGCGAACUAGUAGAAUUUUAGCAACCAGGAAAUGGGGGAGCGUUUUCUGCGUAGUGCAUCUUUUAACGCAAACCUACCAAAACUAUUGCUGAUGGUGAACCUGAACAAUCAAAAUAAAAUCGAAUGUAAGCCCCGUUCAGCAGGUAUAUCCAGACGAGUUGUCUCCAGUAGCUUACUUUUAUUCCAGUAAAACACCAUUUUCAACAGCGCGUAGAUAACAGUAAACUAGCAAAUGAUAUAGGUUGUCACUCAACUAAUAAAGGCUUAUAAUCACACAAACCGGGUUUCUGACCAAUGCAGUGCUACAUUUGGAUCUGUUUGGGGUCCAUGGACCGAUGCACUUGUGUCUUAAACAUUUGAAUCAGGGCCGGAUGCGUGUUGGUGAAACGUUACAUCCCUAGUCUGCGUGAAAUGGGAUGUUUACGUGUGUGUGUGUGUGUGUGUGUGUGUGUGUGUGUGUGUGUGUGUGUGUGUAUCUAAACCAGUCUCCUCCCCUGUCCUAUAGGCGUGGCCGUGGUAAGGCAGCAGCAGCAGCCAAAGAGGAGUCGGAUGAGGAAAUUGAGACACCGCUUGAGGAAGAGGAGGAGGAGCAGGAGGAAGAGGAGAAGGAGGAAGAACAGACCACUCCUAAAGUACAGGAACCUUCAACUCUGACCCCUAACCUUUACCCUAACCUAACCUUUCACUCCUAA